AUGAAGCUGCUGAGGCUGCCUUCAACACCUGCUUCCAACAAGAGUUUUUCCCGGGAUUUUGCUCCCUCUUUCGCGGAUUUCAUUAUUGGAGGUCUUGCUGGUUGCUGCGCAAAGACUGCUAUUGCUCCCCUAGAUCGAGCAAAAAUUAAUUUUCAAACCUCGGAAAUGUACUUUAAUGUAAAGGCCCUGAUUAAGUUCUUGAGGCAUUCAUAUGUGACUGCCGGUGUUCGUAGUCUGUGGCGAGGAAAUUCCGCUACACUAACGAGGAUAUUUCCCUACGCUGCAGUUCAGUACGGAGUUCAUGAGCGUGCCAAACACUAUCUUGGUAUUAGUGAUUUAACGCACCACUGUCUAUCGAAAAGCCAGGUUCAAAUAAGACGAUUUUUGGCGGGCUGCAUUGCUGGAGGUGCCUCUGUUUCUUUCACUUAUCCUCUAGACCUGGUACGAGCUCGUAUGGCCGUCACGGAACGCGUAAAGUAUGCCAACCUAGUUGAUGUUGUUCAGCUGACCUAUCGGGAAGGGGGUCUGCGAACCCUCUACCAUGGCUUUACUCCUGCUCUUUUGGGCAUACUUCCAUAUUCUGGCAUUGCCUUUUACACCUUCGAAACACUCAAGGAAUGGCGACUCAAAAAAAGAAUAACCUCAGAUGGUCGAUCUCCACGGAGCCUGAGGCCUCUUGAAAAUCUUUCUUGUGGAGCCUUUGCGGGCGUUCUGGGUCAGACUGCUUCCUAUCCUCUCGACAUUGUUCGAAGACGAAUGCAGACGGCGGGUGUCACUGGUCAUCCGGAGUACACGCGGAGCAUUCUGGGCACGAUGCAAAUUGUCUAUCAACAGGAGGGUCUGCUUCAUGGGCUCUACAAGGGCGUAACUAUGAAUUGGAUCAAAGGUCCGAUCGCAGCCGGUAUCAGUUUCACGGUCUUCCAUCAGCUGCAACAUUUCUACGCCCUCUGGGUUGGCCAAACGGAAAAAAGAGGUACAAAUCUGUGCGCUUACAACGAGUAG